CUUCAUAUCCCAUCAUACUGCUCUGCUUUGCUUUGCUGCCUCUACGCUCAAAAACCCAAACAAACACACACAUAAAUCAGUAUUAAUUUAUUUCAUAACCUCUUCAUCGAGAGAGAGAGAGAGAGCAGAGAGCAGAGAGCAGAGCUAGCUAGCUGCUAAAGCCAUGUCAGUCCCCAUCAAACCAGGAGAUGGUAAAGCCAAAAACCCCAUAAUGCCCUCCAGUUUGGACCAACAGCCAUCUGGGUCUUCUUCACUGAGGCCUCAUUCUCUUGUCCAUCAAAACAACAAGAAGAGCAAACUAGACGUUCCUUGGUUUUGGUCAUUGGAUGAUGAUGAUGAUGAUGAUGAUGAUGAUGGUGAUGAUGGUGAUGAUGUUAAUGUUCCAGAAGAGAGCGAUGAAGAUAUGUUCACGGUUCCGGACGUGGAGGCUUUACCUCCUCCUUUCAAUAACAUCACUUCUAAUAAUACCUCUUCCACCACCAAUGCCACCAGCAACACCACCAAUAACAACAACCCAGAAGCUCAGUCUGGCUUUCCGGCAAAACGCCGCAGAGGCCGGAACCCAGUUGAUAAGGAGUACAGACGACUCAAGAGAUUGCUAAGGAACAGGGUGUCUGCUCAACAAGCUCGGGAAAGAAAGAAGGUUUACGUCAAUGAACUGGAAUCAAGAGCCAAAGAAUUGGAGGAUAGCAAUUCAAAGUUGGAAGAAAAGAUCUCUACACUCGUCAACGAAAACGCCAUGCUUCGAAAGGUUCUUAUGAAUACAAGGCCGAAAGUGGACGAAAGUAUUGAGCCAAAGGCAGGAUCAGUUAAGUAAGAGCAGACAAUCAUAAGGUGCUGUUUUAGGCAUUUUAGAUUAACAUAUUUAGAAAUUUUAAAGUCCUGUGUCGAAGAAAAUGUGAAUCACGGCCUUCAGCCCCCACACCACAUAUGGCAGUUGUGCAUCAGUUAGUUAUGCUAUGUGUCCUUGUUUCAGUAUGAACUUUUAUCUUCUCCGUUUGCCAUAUAUUUAUUUAGAUACGUGUUUAUGUUUUGGAUGAACUUCA